AUGACCGACACGGGUCGGUAUCCUCCAGUGCCUGGAUACUUUUUCAUUCUGAGUCGACCCAAAGCUUGUCUGAGUUUAGAUGAGUACCAUAGCUGGUAUAAUACUGAGCAUGGUCCAUUGCGUUUGAUGCUUGACUUCUUUCCGGUCGGCCAUCGUUAUAGAAGUCGCGACUUGGACCCCCCAGUAUGGCUUGCCGCGUACGACGUGACGACACUUUCAUGUUCCGAAGAUCCACGGUACACAAUGUUACGCCAAAAUCGAUCACGGCGCGAGACAAGGAUCCUCAACACCGGGUUAGAUAUGCUUGAUCGUCGUAUCUAUCGAACACUGUCAACUCGGGGCACCAGUCAUGGGCCUGCACCGGUUAUUAUGGCGACGACUUUUGUCGUCAGGGAGGAAUUGGUCGGUGAGCUUCAUGCUUGGUACGACCAGGAGCAUUUACGCCAUAUCUCGAUGAUCCCGGGUUGGCGUCGAACUCGACGUUUUCAGUUGGUCGAGUCCACCGACCCAAAAAAUGGUGUCGUCGAACUUCUUGCGGUCCACGACUUUGAUCAAGUCAACGGUCUAGGUGGUAUGGAGCACGAGCAAGUUCAAGCGACACCGUGGCGGGCCAAAAUACUUGAGAUGGUAGAAAGUCGUGAUAACAAAGUCUUUGAUUUCUUCCAUGAAUUCAAGGCUGGUGACUAUCGCCGACCAAUUGAGGUCGAUGAUGAAAGAGCGGGACUCAAUCGUUCGGAUAUAACGUGCUGA